AUGACUACAUUAGAGCCUGGAAACCACAAAGCUGCUAUGCAGCGGGCAUUGAGCUUGGCACAUAAUUCUCCCCCUAAACCCACCAACUUUCGCGUGGGUGCCUUGAUUGUGCGCCUUAACGACAACACCAUUAUUGCCGAAGGAUACACUCUGGAACUUCCUGGAAAUACGCAUGCGGAAGAGACAUGUCUGAUGAAACUUGCUGAACAGCAUGGAACCACUGAAGAGAACCUCUCAGAUGUAUUCAACACCCCUCAUGCUCUUUACACUACCGUAGAGCCAUGCUUUAAGCGGCUGAGCGGCAAGCUACCUUGCGUCGAGAGAGUGUUACGCCAAAAGUCAUGGAUCACCCAAGUUUAUGUCGGCGUUCAAGAACCCGAGACUUUUGUGGGAGAGAACACGGGUCGCAAGACGCUAGAGGAUGCUGGGAUUGAGAUCCAUCAUGUGUCGGGAUUGGAAGAUGACAUACUAAAAGUAGCAACUGCAGGACAUGAUAAGGAUUAA